AGCAGCGUCCAAAUCAAAAUCGACUCGGUCCUUGGAAUCCCCGUUCUAAUGAAGACCUAGAAAAUCCUGACCCCUUCACAUCCACACAAGCUUCGCGUUUGCCUGGAAAUCGAGCUCUCUCCGAACCAGACCCUGCCUCGAUUUCGUCCGGAGAUGGGGAAGAACCAGGCGUACAAGGCCAUGCAGAGAGCCAGGGUGGGCUCGAGCUCAGCUGCUCCUGAACUGAUUGAGGAUGGCAUGGUGGAUGGUUCUUUUCAUUCACCAGAGUGGCAUGCUGCUCGUUUGGCAAGCCUUAAUACCUCUCAUACAAUCACCUGGGAAGAAUUCAAACAGAAGCAGAAGGAAGAAGAGAUCAAGAAGGGGGAAAUGGAAAAGGACAAAGAUAAGAUGAUGAGAGAGUACAGAGCGCAGCUAGACGCUGAAAGGGCACACAAGCUUGCGCAUGGAAGAAACCACUCUAGUAGUAAAUCUAAGCGGAAAAAGGAUCGCAAGGAGAAAGAUGAAAGGAAACGCAGUGGCAAGAGAAAGAGGUCAAGGAAGAGAUCUUCAGAUUCUAGCUCCUCGGGCUCUUCUGAUUAUUCAAGUGAUGAAGAAGAAGAGAGGGAAUCCAAAAGAUCGAGGUCCAGGUCUAAAAGAAAUAAAAAGGAGAAGAAGCACCGGUCUAGCUCCACAAGCUCAUCUUCUGAUUAUUCAAGUGAUGAAGAAGAAGAGAGGGAAUCUAAAAGAUCGAGGUCCAGGUCAAAAAGAAAUAGAAAGGAGAAGAAGCACCGGUCAAGAAAACGGAGUGGCAGCGACGAUGAAGAAACCGGUCCUGUGCCACUCUCCAGAUUUUUCGAUAAUGUGAAGAGUUAGCAGUUUUACUGCGUGGCCUGCAUGCUUUGUACUUGUAAAGAUUAUCCUCCUAAAACAGGAGAGGAGUUGAUGACUCGAUUGUUUUCACUUUUAUAUUUGUUAAUCCUGAUUUUAUCAGCCAUCGAUAUCCCAUUUGCGCCUCAAGUUCUACUUCGAGCCUUUCUUUAAUGUGAUGUAAGAAUGGUUGUAGCUUUUAUAUUUGAGUUAGAAUAACAUGGCUGCAGAGCUUUGCAGAGCUAAAUGAGCAGUGCUUGUAUGAAUUGUGAACAGCUUUUUAAUGCGUGUGGAUUUGUA